UAUUGCUUCUUCAAGAGCCUUUCGUUGUCAAUCAAAUUCUCCUCGUCUGUCAUAAGGUUAAUGAAAAACCAAAAAGGAAACAAAUUAUGAGCUAAUCAAAAGACUGAUAUCGGUAUUUGAAGCUCGCAAAAUCGUGUAAGUUUUCGCCUUGUUUCAUCACGUUUCUAAUUGGAGGGAAAUCUUUGGAUAAUGAGUAACAAGACUGGGACAAGAAGUCCAGCGGCAAGAUUAAGAAGUUUGGCUUUGAGUAGGUCUGUUGGUAGACCAAAACUACGAAAAGCUUUGUCGGUAAACAGCGAAAGUGAGCUAUUAAAGGCAGUCGCUGGGACUUCCCUUACGACAGGCAAAGAUUUCGGCGUGAGCAAAACCCCGCCUUUACAAAGGAAAGCACUAAGUGCCUCUGAAAAUGUACUUUCAAUCAAGUUACAAGCCAGUUCAUUUAAGGAAUACGACAGAGAAAUCACGACUUCAAGCAACCAUGCGGAAAACGUCGGUAAACAGCCAAGGAGUGGCAAAGAGUAUCAAAAAACAAACAGUUUGGAUCGUAAGGAUUUAAACUCGAAAAUACAAGAGAUAAUUCGCCAGAGUUUGUCUGCGCACCUCGAAAGUAUGGAAUACAAUCACGAAAUCUGCGGCAGCAAGUGUAGAACUAUAAGCCAAUCAAUAGAGAAAGGUGUCAAAUCUCUUUACAAUACUCAAUACAAAAUUACAGCUCUGGUUUACAUCGGCGCUAUUCGAGACCGAGGAAUUGAAAUCUCUAGCCAAUGUGUUUGGAAUCCGAAGACAGAUAACUUUGCGAUGGCAACACUUGACACCAAUUCGCUGUUUGCAACAGGGAUUGUUUUUGCUACGUUAUUCAAUGAUGACUAGAUGUUUGCCCGCCGAUUUUUAGUUCGUGAGGGAAUCUUGGCUCUCCCGCAGGAGUUGUUAUUAUUUUUUCACUUCAAAAAUAUCAACAAUAGAAAGAAACAGUGGGAGACAAGUUGAAAGAGUUAUUCAUUGAUAGGGAGAUAAUUGAUGGUGCGAUUAAAAUUAAAAAUGAGAAUGCUGUUGUAAAUUGUUUGAAAAUAGGCAGCGAGGCGCUUCAUUAAUCUUAAUUGUUUCUCAAGGUUCAAUAUCUCAGGAGAACAAAGAACUAAGUUCUCGAGUCCUUUCUUUCAAAGAAAGUCAUGAAGUGUAAAUGGUCAGAACUUUUAAUUUCAGUUUUAAGUUUUCAAUGUCAGUAUUUCGAGACUGCGUAGAACCAACAGGAGUUUUACAGUUUAUCGUAUCAAACUCAAUAAACAAAUUAAGGCCAUAUUCUAAAGCCAAAAUGCAUUUGUGUAACUUAUUUGGAUAAUUUAUUCACGUUGAAUCCACUGUUUGACUUUUUCGAAAGCGAGACUCAUCCACUGUGAAAAGAUUGAAAGUUUAUUCAGUUGA